AUGGGCCAACCAUCGCGCAUGAUGGUCGCCGAUACAAGAAGGAGACCAGCAGCGCCAGUGGCGGCGAUGACACUGGCAUGCGCAGGGGCGACAAUGACGACUUUUGUGGCCCCAAGCUGCAGACAAUUCUCCUCUGCACGAGCAUCCUCUGUAAACGCAGAGGGCGCAAGUAUUCAAUUGGCUUCUUCGGAAGCUGGUACCUCGAUGACGCAGGUCUCGAGCAUGGCCGCAGGGCUUACUGUUGCAGCGGCAGCGUUAGCAAAGCGGCAGCGCAGGUCACUUCGUACGUCUGUCUGUUCAGAUCCGAAGCCGCGAUCCAAGCUGAUGCAAGAAGUGGACCAGGUUGGAAUUCACAAGAAGAACUCCGAGGGAUCGGAGAACAAUCAGGAGAACAACAAGUCGGAAAAGCCCAAGGAGGCUAAGCCUGAGGAUGCCGACAAGAAGGAGCCGCAGGAUAAGAAGGAGGAGAAAGAUGCCAGCAAGGACGACAAGAAGGAAGAGAAGAAGGAGGACAAGAAGGAAGAUAAAACGGAGGACAAGAAGGAGGACAAGAAAGAGGAGAAGAAGGAGGACAAGCAAGACGAAAAGAAAGAAGACAAGAAGGACGAGAAAAAGGAUGAGAAGAAGGAGGACAAGAAGGAAGAUAAGACGGAGGACAAGAAGGAGGACAAGAAAGAGGAAUCGAAGGAGGAAAAGAAGCAGGACAAGAAGGAGGACCAGAAAGAGGAGAAGAAGGAGGACAAGCAAGACGAAAAGAAAGAAGACAAGAAGGACGAGAAAAAGGAGGAGAAGAAGGAGGACAAGAAGGAAGAGAAGCCGAAAGACACAGAGAAGGAUGGCAAGUCGGAGGGCGACAAGGUGGAGCAGAAGUCUGAGAAGGACGAGAAGAAGGAGACGGAAAAAAAGGAAGCCGCCGGUGACAAGCCCAAGGAAGAAGCCAAGGUAGAGAAAGAUGCUGAGAAGAAGGAAGACAAGAAGGAAGAAAAGAAGAAGGACAGUGAGGAAAAAAAGGAGGAAAAGAAGGAGAGUGCUGAGCCAAAGAAGGAGCAGAAAUCAGAGGCCAAAGCAGAUGACAAGAAGGAGAAGCCCAAGGAAUCGAAACCCGAGGCUCCGCCCAAACCGCCUCCGGGACCGGUUCAAGAUGCCGCCGGUCAAAAGUUGAGCGGGCAUGUUGCCUCCAUUGCAAGUCAAGACGGCGGAGAAGCAGCUUUGAAGGGAAUCCGAGAAUUCUUUGGAAGCCGCGAGGCGGAGCUGGAAAAGGCCCUAGAGGCACAGAAAAAGAGGCAAGAGAAGAUGAUUGCCGAGAUGGAGCGGCAAACAGAGGAGAUUCAGAAGAAGAUGGAGGUCCGAGUGAAGGCCUGGAGCACUGGUCCUGGCCACUUGGACUGCCGUGUCGGAACCGAACUGAAAGAACGCAUUGAGGCCCUUCAGGAGACCUACACCAGCGUCAGUGACCAGCUAGAAAUGUCCCAGAUCUCCAACGAGAAGCUUCAGGUGGAUCGGGACGAGCUCCGGCAGGACGUCCAGAAGCUGGAAGAGAUGCUCAAGGAAGAGCAAGAGCGAAAUGAAAAGAACAAGAAGGAUGCUGAGGAGGCAGCCAGACAGAAGGAGGAGCAGCUCGCGAAACUUGAAGAGAAGAAGAAGGAGCUGACAAUCACAGUGAGGGAGCUUGACAAGCAGAUGCAGGCGGAAAGGGAUGCAGCUGCGAAGAAGGAAGGGAAGAUCCGCACCGAGCUCACGGACACUAAAGAAGCGCUAACUUCUUCGAGGAACGAGACCAGCCAGGUUGUUAGCGAGCUGAAGACGGCUCGCAAGGAAAAUGCAGCUCUGGAGGACAAGGUCCGUAGCGUCGAAGAAAGCUUAAAGGCUUCGAAAGAGCAGCAGGAGUUGCUGAAUGCCAAGCUCACGGAAGUCAUGGCCGAAGGUGACCAACUAAGAAAGGAAACCGAGAUCCUCAAAGAGGCUGCAGUCGAGGCAGCAGGACGAGAGCAGAACUACUACCAGAUGAUGAAGAAGUUUGCGAAAAAGAGCAAGGAGCUGGAGGAGCGAUUGCCCGUGAUGGAGGAGGAAAAUCAGAAAUUGCUCGCUCGGAUUAGCCAGCUUGAGAUCGUCGCUGAAAACGAGAAGAAGCUGUCCAAGCAACUGGAGGUCUCAACCAGUGAGAACGAGGAGCUCGCGAAAGAGCUUCAAAGCAGAGACAAGGACAUCGAGAAGCUCUCUGAGGACCUCGAGGCCUGGGCCCUCUUGCAGCUGCAAGCAGCUGCAACGACCUUCCUGUCCGUGCGACCCAGGGAAGAAUUCAAGCAGCAUGCUGAGAAGAAGUUCCGAGCAGCGGAGGACAAGAUAUGGGAAACCACGGAGAAGGUGGUAAAAGCUAAGGCAGAGACCAAGUACGCGAUGCUUGGUGGCAGGAUCAAGGAAGCUCAGCGUGCGAGAGAGGAAGCAGCAGAGGAAAGAAAGGAGAUGGCGAAGGCCGCAGAGCGAGCGAGACAAAAGGCAGAGGAGCGUGUGCGAGCAGAGGCGGACAAGGCUGCAGCGGCACAGGCAAAAGCUGAGCAGGCUGCAUCCGACAAGGAGAAAGCCAUUAAGGACGCCGAGGCGACCAAGAAGAAAGCCGAGGCCGACAAGAAGGAGGCCAUCGCGAAAGCGGACGCUGCUAGGAAAGCAGCUGAGGAGCAGGCCAGAAGGGAGGCCAGGGAUGCAUUCAAGGCCAAGCAGGCCGCAGAAGAUGCAAAGGCAGAAAAAGUUUACGCGCUGCAAGAUGCCGCAGAUGCGAAGAAAGCAGCCGAGAAGGCCACACAGGAAGCCAUCAGAGCUGCCGACGAGGCCAUAGCGGCUGCGGAUAAGAAGGUAAACGAGCAGACAGCCGCAGCCGAAGCAGCCAAACAGGCAAAGGAGAAGGCUGAGGUUGCCAAGGCGGACGCCUUGGAG